AUGAAACACAACCUAAUCACGAAAUAUAUGAGCAGACUUUCUGAACCUGCUCGACCCCGCUGUUCGAAUCCGGGUGGAACCCGAGAUUGUGAUUUAGAUGGAGAGGUUAUUGGUUCAGUUCCUGGUACGAGUAUUGAAUUCGCAUGUUUCUGUGGACAUGUAUAUGCCAGUAAGAGAAGCUUGUCUCAGCACAAGCGGCAUAAGCAUCCCGAUGAGCUGAAUGCGGAACGCCUGGAAGGGUUGCCGCGACGGAAGGGUGAAUGGACUAAGGUAGAGUGCACCCACUUGCUACGUUAUGCCGAAGGGCUCUGGACUACUGGUGUCCAGAAACAGCAGGUAUAUGAACAACUGACCUCAGUUUUUCCGGGACGGUCAGCGGAGGGGAUUAAGAAGCAGUUGAGGAAGAUGAGCUGGCGACUUGAACCAUACAAGAAGUCGGCCCAGGGUGGUACCAAGCGGACUGCACACGAAAGUUCUCCAGUCGAAGUGGAAGACUUAGGGAGGGUGGCCAAGAGGACCAAGAUCCGAACGCCUUUAGGAUCUCCUCUAGCCUCGGAAACGCCUAGUCACGCCAUGGACUUGGGCGGAUCCCCCUCUGGUGUAGGACCCGUCGAACUCUUGACUUUUCCGACAUUGAUGGACAUUGAGUUUGCUGACCUGGAAGGGUUGGUAGAUUUAGUGCUUCCGUCCUCGCCGGUUAGGGCAGAGCGAGACGGCGCAGAGCAGCAGUGGAGGGCAGCAAUGCUCGACACUAUAGUAAGGGAGCUGUCGGAACACUGCGACGAGAGGCUCCAAUCAGACUUGCUUCUAGAUCUAGCCCUGAACAUCCGGGGGGGGGGGGACGGAUAA